AUGAAACAACUCAUUUUUUUCCUUGUCGGGAGCUCCGUAGCAGGUUUUUUCGGACGUUUUCUAGGAUCAGAAGGAACCGCUAUAAUAAGAGGUCGCAAUAUAGUACUAUUUGGAAUAUUUAUCUUGGGGUUUCUAUUUUUGUUUCGUAUAUAUGCUAGAAAAAUAAAAUAA